AUGGCGCAGGCGGCCGACGGGGCGGGCGUGCAGGCCGGCCGGAGUGCGCAGCGCCCCCGUCGUCCCCGCCGAACCUGCUCGCCGGUGACCCCGUCCCGCCUCGCCUCGCCUCGCCUCGCCUCCCCUGCGGAAUCCGGGCGGCCGGACCCCCGCGCCUCCCUCCGCCCGGCCAUGGCUGCGCCCCCGCCCGGCAAGUUCCAGUUCUCCAUAGACCGCGGCGGCACCUUCACCGACGUCUUCGCCCGCUGCCCCGGGGGGAGGGUGCGGGUGCUGAAGCUGCUCUCGGAGGACCCGGCCAGCUACCGCGAUGCUCCCACCGAGGGCAUUCGCCGCAUCCUGGAGGAGGAAUGCGGCGUCCCGUUCCCCAAAGGCCAGCCCCUGGACACGUCGUGCAUCGAGUGGAUCCGAAUGGGCACCACGGUGGCCACCAACGCCCUGCUGGAGCGGAAGGGCGAGCCAGUCGCCCUGCUCAUCACGAAGGGCUUCCGGGACCUGCUGCACAUUGGCAACCAAGCCCGGCCCCGGAUCUUUGACCUGGCCGUCGCGGUGCCAGAAGUCCUGUACGAGGCCGUGGUGGAGGUGGAGGAGCGCGUCGUCCUGCAUCGCGAGGGAUGCAGCCUCUUUGAGCCGUCCCGGCCAAUCCCAGGUUUGACUGGAGAGCACCUGGUGGUGGAGCGGCCUGUGGACCUGGGCGCCCUGCGGGGGCAGCUGGUGGCGCUGCUGGCACGGGGGAUCCGCAGCCUGGCGGUGCUGCUCCUGCACUCGUACACGUGGCCAGAGCACGAGCGGCAGGUGGGGGCCCUGGCCCUGGAGCUGGGCUUCCGGCAGGUCUCGCUCUCCUCCGAGGUGAUGCCCAUGGUGCGGGCCGUCCCGCGGGGCUACACGGCCUGUGCAGACGCCUACCUCACGCCGCACAUCCGCCGCUACCUGGACAGCUUCCGGGCGGGCUUCGCGUCCCAGCUGCAGGGCGUGCCGGUCCUCUUCAUGCGCUCCGACGGCGGCCUCACCCCCAUGGAGGCCUUCAGCGGCUCCCGCGCUAUCCUGUCCGGCCCAGCGGGGGGCGUCGUGGGCUACGCGGUCACCACGCACCGCGCGAUGGGCAGGCGGCCCGUCAUCGGCUUCGACAUGGGAGGCACCUCCACGGACGUGAGCCGCUACGCCGGGGAGUACGAGCACGUGUUCGAGGCCGCCACCGCCGGCAUCAGCAUCCAGGCGCCGCAGCUGGACAUCAACACGGUGGCCGCGGGCGGCGGCUCGCGGCUGUUCUUCAGGUCCGGCCUCUUCGCGGUCGGCCCCGAGUCGGCGGGCGCGCACCCGGGGCCCGCCUGCUACCGGAAGGGGGGCCCGCCCACGGUGACGGACGCCAACCUGUGCCUCGGCCGGCUGCUGCCCGAGCACUUCCCCCGCAUCUUCGGGCCCGACGAGGACCUGCCGCUCUCCGCCGAGGCGGCGCGGGAGGCGCUCCGGGAGCUCGCCGCGGCCGUCAGCGCCUUCGGGGGCGCCGCGCAGCCGCGCAGCAUCGAGGAGGUGGCCAUGGGCUUCAUCCGGGUGGCCAAUGAGGCCAUGUGCAGGCCCAUCCGGGCCCUGACGCAGGCCCGGGGCCACGACACGUCGCGCCAUGUGCUGGCCUGCUUUGGUGGGGCUGGGGGGCAGCACGCCUGCGCCAUCGCCCGGACCUUGGGCAUGGGCAAGGUCUUCAUCCACAGGCACAGCGGCAUCCUCUCGGCCUACGGGCUGGCGCUGGCGGACGUGGUGCACGAGGCCCAGGAGCCCUGCGCCCUGGCCUACGGGCCCGCCUCCCACGCAGAGCUGGACGGCCGCGUGGCGGCGCUGGAGCGGCAGUGCGUGCGGGCCCUGGAGGCACAGGGCUUCUGCAGGUCCCAGGUGAGCACCGAGGCCUUCCUGCACCUGCGCUACGCCCGGACGGACUGCGCCCUCAUGUGCUCCGCCAGGGGCUUCCCCGCCACGCCGGAGAGCUGCCGCAGCGGGGACUUUGCCGCUGCCUUCGCCGCCAGGUACCAGCAGGAGUUUGGGUUCACCAUCCCCGGCCGGGCCAUCCUGGUGGAUGACGUGCGGGUGAGAGGCACGGCCAGUCUCGGGCUGGACCAGGAGGUGCCGGGGCCUGCCGCCGAGGGGCCUGCCCCCCUCGAAAAGGUGACCCGCUGUUACUUUGAGGACGGCUACCUGGACACCGGCGUCCACCUGCUCAAGGACCUGGCCUGGGGCCACACCAUCCCCGGUCCCAGCAUCAUCCUCGACAAGAACAGCACCAUCCUCGUGGAGCCGGGCUGCACGGCAUCGGUGACGCGGCUCGGGGACGUUUGCAUCGCGGUGGGCUCCGGGCGGGAGCAGCCGGUCGGCCCCCGGAUGGACCCCAUCCAGCUCUCCAUCUUCUCCCAUCGCUUCAUGAGCAUCGCAGAGCAGAUGGGGCGCAUCCUGCAGCGCACGGCCAUCUCCACCAACAUCAAGGAGCGGCUGGACUUCUCCUGCGCCCUGUUCGGCCCAGAUGGGGGGCUGGUCUCCAAUGCUCCCCACAUCCCCGUCCAUCUGGGAGCCAUGCAAGAGGCGGUGCAGUUCCAGAUCCGGAGCCUGGGCGCUGACCUCCAUCCGGGAGAUGUGCUCCUGAGCAACCACCCCUGUGCCGGGGGCAGCCACCUGCCCGACCUGACGGUGAUCACUCCUGUGUUCUGGCCGGGGGCGGCCCGGCCCGUGUUCUUUGUGGCCAGCCGGGGGCACCACGCUGACAUCGGGGGGAUCACACCGGGCUCCAUGCCACCGCACUCCCGCUGCCUCCAGGAGGAGGGGGCCACCUUCAUUUCCUUCAAGCUGGUCAAGGGCGGCGUCUUCCAAGAGGAGGCCGUCACAGAGGCCCUGCUGGCCCCCGGGCGCCUCCCCGGCAGCAGCGGCACGCGGAACCUCCAGGACAACCUCUCCGACCUGCGGGCUCAGGUGGCGGCCAACCAGAAGGGGAUCCAGCUGGUGAGCAAGCUGAUCGGCCAGUACGGCCUGGAAGUGGUGCAGGCGUACAUGGCGCACAUCCAGGCCAACGCAGAGGUGGCCGUGCGGGAGAUGCUGAAGGACUUUGCCACCCGCCGGGGGCAGGCGGGAUGCCCCCUGGUGGUGGAGGCGGAGGACUUCAUGGAUGACGGCUCCCCCAUUCGCCUGAAGGUGACUGUCGACCCCCAGGAGGGCAGCGCCGUGUUCGAUUUCGCCGGCUCUGGCCACGAGGUGUACGGGAACGGGAACGCCCCUCGCGCCAUCACCCUCUCGGCCCUGAUCUACUGCUUGCGUUGCUUGGUGGGCCAGGACAUCCCCCUCAACCAGGGCUGCUUGGCCCCGGUGCAGGUCCUCAUCCCCAGAGGCUGCCUGCUGGAUCCCUCCCCAGACGCGGCCGUGGUGGGGGGCAAUGUGCUGACCUCGCAGCGGGUGGUGGACGUCAUCCUGCGGGCCUUCCAGGCCUGUGCGGCCUCUCAGGGCUGCAUGAACAACGUCACCUUCGGCAAUGAGCGCGUCGGCUACUACGAGACGGUGGCUGGCGGGGCCGGGGCCGGGCCCUCGUGGCACGGCCGCAGCGGGGUUCACAGCCACAUGACCAACACCCGCAUCACGGACCCCGAGAUCCUGGAGCAGCGGUACCCGGUGGUUCUGCGGCGCUUCCAGCUGGCGCCUGGCACUGGGGGCGCCGGGCGCUUCCGAGGAGGAGAUGGGGUCCUCCGGGAGCUGCAGUUCCGGGAGGAGAUGGUGCUGUCGGUGCUGAGCGAGCGACGGGCGUUCCGGCCAUACGGGCUGCAAGGUGGCGAGCCUGGUGCCCCCGGGCUGAACCUGCUCACCCGCUCGGAGGGCCGGACCAUCGCCCUCGGAGGGAAGACCUCUGUGCCAGUGGGCCCCGGGGAUGUCUUCUGCUUGCGGACUCCCGGCGGGGGUGGCUUUGGAGCACCCCCUGCGAGUGCCGCCCCGGCCCAAGGGCAGCCGGCGCCCCCCAGGGUCCAGCGCUUCCUGGAGCGAGGAAGCCUCCACGACUACCGCCUGGCGCAGGAGACCAGCUGAGGGGAGCCCCUGGACGCGCUGCUUUGGGGGGGCUCUGGCGGGAAUGUGGGGCAGGC